ACAAUUCCUAUUUUUAAAAAUAUUAAAUACUGAUUUUUAGAAAGUUUUUCCUCAAUGCCCACCAACAUUAUCACACACAGCAAGUGUUGCAAUUUAUUUUACAUAUGCAUUUAUUAUUAUUAAUUUAUUAUAUAUUUCUUACCAAGCAUAUUGAUCUCCACUGUUUGUCCUUUUCUUCAAUUCCAUGUUCUGGUGGCAUAUUCUGCAUUGAAUUUUUCUUUUUAGCAGUUUCAUUUUUUGAAGCCACUUGAUCAGCUUCAGUGUGUUUUUGACAGAACUGCACUCAUUAAUAAGCUUCUUAAGCCGGUUUAAUCUGCUCACUUUAAACAAAAUAAACUAAAAUAAUUGCUGUAGAAGGUGGUGAAUUUAUACUGACGUCCAGGUAGUUUGUGAGCUGGUGGGCGGAAGAAAUCGCACUCCCGCCUUUAUACGUAAUCAACGUUGGACAAAGUUUAACUCGCGCAUUUAAACGUCAUCAGCGGACGGAAGGAAUACCAAAGUCGUGCAUUUAUGCCAUGGAGAACCCCGAGCAAAGUCGAAAAGGCGUGCGGACCCGGGCCAAGAGGAAUGCCAACUUGAACACGGAAACACUGGAUGACACGGCCGUCAGUGGCACUAGCGGUAUGUCCAUGGCCCCCACUGCACAGCUGGCAGACAAAAGAAAAUCCCAUGAGUUGGAGAUGUGUAAGCUGAGAUUGGAGUGUCAAAAGGAGAAGAUUGAUGAGCUGACCAAGGAGAGAGACUAUCUAAAAGAGCAACUGGCAUCAGCUCUUAGAAGAGAGGCCACAGGUUCCAUCCAGGCAAUACCCUUGUCUUCAAAUUCCUCUAGUGACAGCUCAUCUGAAUCUUCCUCUGGUAUUAUGUCUGACUCCUCCUCUAAGACAUCCUCAUCAGAUGGGGACAGAAAGAAGGAAAGAGAUGAGGAUCAAAAGGAAAAAGUACAGAAAGAAGUCAAAGAAAAUGGAAGCAAAGACAUGUCAGAGAGCUCAAAACCCACAGCAAGUGGUGGCACGAUACAAGAAAAUUCUUCGGCACUUUAGUAAAGAAGGGACCAUGUCAGCUGCUUUCAAGCAUGU